GUAAACAGGUUUGCCCUGUCUGGCUCAAGACGGCAGUCCCCAACCGACAUGUCGCCAGCGUUUAAACUAUUCGUGUACUUGUGUUUAUGCGCAGGUGUGCAGUGUAUCCAUCACCUGUCAUGGCUGCCCUGCAAGUUCACCGACGAGCGCAUGUUCGUCAACACGGAGGGUCAGCAUGAGACUGACUUCCAGCACAGGGACAGCAUGUUGCAGUUUGGCAAGGCAGGAGACCCUCCUGUCAACCCGCACGCCGUCACCUUCCUGGCCACAGGAUCAAAGCUGGAACUGCGCCAGUACCUGGACAGCGCUGAAGCAGACAACAUAGAUUGUGAAUUACGCCGGUUCCGCACUGAGAACACCAGUGUCCUUUGGCCCGGGCUGGACCCCCAAGAGUUCAGCAGCUGGUUCAAGUGCACCCUGAAACACACCAAAGAGCUCUUCACUGUCGUGGCCUUCCUCAGAUUCCCUUCCAGUCUGCCACCAGCAGGAGAGGACCACCGGAACUGGCCCGCGAUCAGUGACGGGCAGAUGCUCACCACAACAGUCACCAUGGUGAUGAAGACAGAGACCCCACUAGUGCAAAAAGGCCUGGGGCUUCCGGUGACACUUCACUGCCAGUUCGUUGUUGACCACAAGAGGCCCAAAGUCUCAGUGGAGUGGAUUCUGCAGCGACGUGGCGAGAGACGAAAGCUCUUCAGCUCUGGAGAGACUGAGGGAACGGGAGUGGACCGGAAGAGUCUCUCCCGUGGAGUGGCCUCCUAUGAGGUCCCCUACACCAAGAUUAACCUGGAGGGGACCUACAUGUGUUCUGUGUCUGUGGCGCCCCUGUCUGGGACUCUUGACGUCGGCCUGCAAAUCUUUGAGGCCCCGCGUGUCUCCCUCAGUGUGACAACACCUGUCAUCGUCCCAGAAGGCUCAGAGCACAAGUUCUCCUGCCAGGCAGAAAACUACUACCCUCUGGAUGUGGAGUUCACAUGGACUGAGACGGACCCAGCUGUGUCCGCUCAGCGUGUCGGAGCUCCUCUGCCCAAGACGCUCAAGAACGUCCUUCUGUCGAGCCACAGGAACAAUGCGGACGGGACCUACACGUUGUCCGCCUUCUUCUACAUCCAGGCUACCCGUCAACACUCAGGAAAGCAGUUCACGUGCAUCGUGAAUCACAAGCUGCAGCGACUACCCAUCAAGAAGAACUUCGUUCUGAUCGUUGAAGAACCGAGCAGCUGGGGCUUUUACCUGGUUGUUACCGUCAUCCUGCUAUCAUCCCUGGGCCUGCUGUUUAUCAUGCUCCCCUACCUGUAUCGGGCACGGCGUCAAUCAAAUCAGAGGAAGCCAUAUUGACCAUCCACAACACGUCAAGCGGAAACAUUUUUUUUUUGUUUUCUCUGUCUGUUGUGUUGUAGUUUCUGUGAAACUGCAUGAUGUCUUAUUUAAUUGGACGCAGCAAAUGGUCUUGAAAGUGAUGAGACAAAUGAGUUCAAAUUUUCAAUCAGCAGUCUAGUUUUCGCACAUUGAUCCGCACAUUGCUUGCUUUUGACCUUUAAAAAGCUUGUUUUUGUUUUAGAAAUAAUGAAUUCUGACCUUUAAUUUCCUUCUGUGUUUAGCCAUUUGUUUCCUUUCUUUCGGUCAUAAAUGCAAGCGUGGAUAAUCCAUUCUUGCUCCUGGUCUACUGCACUCUUUCUGGAAGACAAGAUGUGGCACCUAUGAACACUACAGUGCUGUAGUGGUCAGUUCUCUGGGUCUCACAGCAAGGUGGUACAAUCACCUUUUCCCGUGCUCCUGGGAUUCUACCCACAGUUCAAAAAUCAAUCAGAUCUGGGAUCAUUUUACAUGUUUCCCAAAUAAAAAAGUUAGUAGGUCAUGACUAAAUGGAAAGACACAAGAAGGUUUUUUUGGCCUCUUGUUUGAGAUGAGUGAGUCAUAACAUGUUGUUGUUUAUCGGAGUUCUGUACAUCCGAAAUUUAAACUUGAAUUAUUUGCCUGUAAUGUUGAAGUGGUGUGUAGUCGCAGCAUCAUUUAGCAGGGAGAAAAUAGAAUUUUCAUGUGUGUGCGUGUGGGCAUGUUUUGCCAUAUUUGUGAGUACCAGGUCUUGACAAGCCACCUUCUUGUGAGGACAGUUUGCUUCGUGAGGACAUUUCCUGUCCUCACAAUGUUUAGAGAGAGAGAAAGUAGUUUAUAAUCAUUAGGUUUAAAUUUGGUUCCGAGUCCUGGUGAAGUUUAGCCAUUCGUUUCGGAUGGAUAAGUUAAAGGAGAGAGGCUGGGGAAAGGGUUACGUCACUGAGAGGUCCUCACCAAAAUCGCAUAACACAAAUGCGCGCGUGUGUGUGUGGCAGGCUGAACCCCUGUGGGGACGAAAGGGGCUUGUGUGUCGGUGUGUAGUUACUAUUCCUAAGCAAUCAAAGUGUAAACAAACAAACAGAGCAAAAGGUCAUAUCAAUUUGGGAAACAACGCAAAUGAGAACCUGGCAACAGCAAAUUGUACUCACAAAGAAAAGAUUGUGAUGAAGAAUAAAGGAGUCCA